GAGGGGGCACCGAGCCCCGCUGCCGCGGACUCCCCGCUCCGCUCCCGGGUUUAGCGCCGCUCUGCUGAGGCUCCCGGAGCUUCCCCCGGGGCGGCCCGUUCCUCUCGGGCCGCUGCCGGGCGGGACCCGGCCCGGGCCCCGCCGCCCGGGGCCCUCCCUUGGCGGGCGGCGGCGCGUUGCCGGGUAACGGCAGCAUGGCCGCCCCGGGGCCCGGCGGGGCUGAGGCGGCGGGAGGAAGGCGGCGGCGGCCUCCCCUCUCCGCCCUCUCCGCCUUUAGCAGCGUCCCGGCCGGGCGGGCAGCGCCUCCGGAGCUCCGCUACUUCCAGCGGGAGGCCGAGACAGGAGAUGUUUCCACUUACGAUGCCAUUUUUAAAAGACCAGAGGGUUACAACAAAAAUCUUCACCGAUGUGACAGAGAACAUGCGAAGAGUCGUGGUCUUAACAUUAAUGAGGAGGAAAGGGCAAGACCUGUCGCUGUUUUGUCAUCUUCAGAGUAUGGGAGACACAUAAAUAAGCCCAUAGAGGAGCUGAUCAGAGAUCAUGCAAGGAUUAAUCACGUGCAGGCAGAAUUCUACAGGAAAAAUGGCAUCACCUGCUUAUUGGAAAAGCCUUCUCCAAGCCUGGAUCCAUGCUAAAUCUCUUGUAUCUGUCAUUGCCAGCAGCAUUUAUGUGGAAAAAAAACCCCAACUUGCAUCAAAAGCAAUAUGGUGCUUUUGCUUUUUCCUCUCCAUUUUAGUUAAUGAUUUGGAUUAAAAAUAGGAUGAAAUAGCAGCUGUACUUUUCCUCAUGCUUAUUCAAAUGCAUGUCUUCUCCUUACAGUCACAUAAAAAUCUCAUGAAGAGCAGGCUCAGCAAGAGCUGAACAUCUUAGGCGGCAACACUGGAAGUGAGACCUGUUGGGUCAACAGCUGUCUCUCUGCAGUUUUAGGCAGUGCUUCUACGUAACUAUUCACAAACUUAACAUUUAAGCAAGCUUGCUCCUCAGCAUAUCAGUGGUCACUGACUCGUUAAUCUUUACAGUGUUGCUACAGAAUUGUGAGGUGUCAUUUUAUCUGCCCAACAGCUGAAAUGGGGCUUCAACACAGAUUUUCCGAAAGGGAUGGGCUUACCCAUAAAUGGGCAAGUAAAGAAAUGCUCUGACUUCCAGAAGAGCUUAGCAGUUUCAGUAGACCUCAAGUGGAAGGCAAGUUAAAGGGAACUUCUGCGUACUUGGCAUUUAAAAAGACAAAAUCUGGGCUUAGCUGAUUUCAGACAUCUCUUUUGCUGGCUUUCACAAUACGCAUGGUGUCUGAGGGAUUGAUCUGUUCAAGAGUGUUACAACAAAAAUCAUCUUUGGUUCUGUAUUCAAUGCUGAAAAAAAAAAGUAAUACUAGCAGAACAAGUACUGAAUAGUUUGGUAGAAAGGAUGGAAAGAACACAAGGAUUUGAGCAGUAGUAAUUUAAAAAGCAUGUUUACAGUAAGUGUCUAAACCUGCUUAAACGUUUAGUGCCUUGUAUUCUCACUGAAUCCAGUAUUAAAGUUUUAAGAUAA